AUGAACAUAUUAAAAGAUAUUUAUGACAAGAAAUUGGCGGAGAAUGAAGGGAAAAUUCGAUUUUGGGAAGACUAUUUAAAAAAUUUGAAAACACUCGACUUCACCAUUUUUUCUAAUAAUUUAACAGUACCUAUCCUCGUACCAAUCGGCAGCAGAAUCUUUUUUAGAGGCGCUUUAAAACAUACCAACGAAUUUACAGUUUCACUUGGUACUGAUUACUUUGCUAAGUGUUCCUCUCAACAGGCUGAGAUAUUACGACAACAUAGAAUACAAGAUGCUGAAACAAAGUUGGACUCUUUUAAGAAAGAAAAAGAAUAUUUAGAAAGUCAAAUUAAUUUUAGCAGGGAAAAUAUCUUUGGAAAUAUUGGACAAGAUAUUAUGGAAGUACAUACUGAAGAAGAAGAUAAGGCUUGGAGGGAAAAACACAAAGAAAAUGUAAAAAAAUACAUACAACGAAAUGACAAAAAAGAAGAAAUGCAUAGAAAUGAAAUAUCUGAUGAGGCUUUAUGGAUUAGGCUUGAGGAAUUAGAACUACAAGAAGAAUUAGAGAAUGAGUUAUUACAUAUUGAUCACGCUGAAAGCAAAGGAGAUGAUAUAGAAAGACAAAAUUAUAAUAAUGUACAUAUUGAAGAAGAUCCAAAUAUAAGGGAAUAUUCUUUUAACAAAGAUUUUGUUAAACAAGAAAUAAAAAGUGAAUUUUCAAAAUUAGGUACUGAGCACAAUCAAAAUUUACAAUUAGAUCUCUUACAAAAAGUUUUAAAUAAGCAAAAUGAAUUAGAGAAGAAAUUAUUGGAUCUAAAGAACAGUGAUAGAACUUUUAGUAAAACGGAAGGUGACCUAUUGACUAGAUUAGACGAAAUAGAGCAAUUAGAAGAAUUGGAAGAUGAAAUGGACAGAUUAAAUGAAAUUAUUCAUGAAGAUAGUGAUAAAGAUGAUUCAGAGGAAAUUGAAAGCAAUAAUGAAAUAAAAAAGAGUGUUUCAUUUGCUGAUGAAGAUGAAAGUGAAACACUAGAAUUGUCUUUCAAACAUUCUGACAUAGAACCAAGCAUGGAACCAUAUAAUCCAGAAAAAGGAAAGGCAGGCCCGUCGCCUUUACGUUACAAAGUCACAGGCGAACACGCUCCCCUUAGAACCUUCUGCUUGUUGGUUCGCGUGAUGCCUGCGCCUUUGUCACGGCAGGCGGGGACUGCCCUCCCUCCGCGCUUCCGAGCUCUAAAAAACACUCUAGGGUACUCUCAAAGUGUAAAUUUCAGAACUACAGAGGCCAAUCCAACUCAGCAUAACGAUGAUCAAGUUGGUUUAUUUUAUACUUUAGAUAAAAAUGUAUGUACAAAGUUAUAUGGUCAUGGAGGCCUACCAAAAAAUUACAUGAAACAAACCAAGACAUUUACAGAAACAACUUUGAUGGUCCGCCAACCAGCUCUUGAUAUUAUAGACUGUAUAAAAUCAAGUGAUUUGAAUAAACCAGCAAUUAGAUAUGUAUUAUAUGGUGAAAAAGGUACUGGAAAAUCACUAACAAUAGCACAUCUAUUACAUUAUGCUCAUGAUGCAGGCUUUUUAAUUGUUCAUGUUCCUUGGGUUUAUGAAUGGUUAUGGAGAGUACCUCGUCAUAAGGAGAUGUCAAAUUCAUCAACUAGAGAAGGAUUUGUAGAUCUGCCUCUUGAUGCUGCUGCAUGGCUGUUACAUUUCAAGACACAAAAUCAGACUCUAUUAAAGAGUAGUGAUCUGGCAAUAUCUAAGGAAUAUGUUUGGAGCAAACGUGAAAAGACACCAGCUGGUGCCCCACUUGGUGAUCUCAUAGAGCAUGGCAUAUCUCGUGUGAAAUUUGCUUGUGAUGUCAUUGAUGCACUUGUGUAUGAAGUGAAAGUACUCUCAAAUAACAAAAAGUGCAAAACAUUUGUUGCUAUUGAUGGAUAUAAUUGUUUCUUCUACCCCAAAACAAAGCUCAACACUCCCACAAAGAAGAAAGUGCUGCCAGAAGAAGUCACUCUCACUGCUUCAUUUUUAGAUCUCACCAAAAACAAUUGGACUAAUGGUGCUAUUGUGCUAUCGGUGGAUACAAUUGUUGUACCCGCUGAGUUUCCAGGCAACUACUUCCCUAGACAAUUACUUAAGAAAAAGGGUUUUGAACAUCUUGACCCUUUUGUUCCUGUUGAAGUGAAAAGAUACUCAGAGAAAGAAUAUCUGUCCUGUGCCAGCUAUUACAGAGAUAGGUUAUGGUUGAGAGGACCAGAAGAGUUGGAAGCUGAACUGCAACUAGCCAGUGCUGGCAACCCUUAUAAAUUCAUGGAGCUCUGUGCCCCGCUG